GCAGCGUUCAGUUUUGCAGAGAUUUUCGACCUUUCCGGACGUUCAACGGAAUUUGUCGCGUGAACCGAGUAACCCUGGGAUAAUUUUGUUGGAUUGCAGGUUGAACUAUUGUUGUGUGCGGACAGGCUUCUGCUGUAUGAGUGUGACUUUGUGCCACAAUAGGCGAGGGAGAAAAAUCCUUUUGACAGUUGCAUUGCAGCAAGGCCAAGAAAUUGUCUAAUAGUGUGCCAAAUUAUAACUCUGAUUGGAAUCUGUACCAUGAAAUGUGUUGUGUUUUUCAAUGAGUGGUGAAAUCAAUCGGAUGCUACAACAGUUUCUGUGCUACCCACAGGGUGGGAUCGAAACGAUCCUUCCUGUAUUCUUUCGCCAUCGAUUUGAGGUUUGACAGCAAAUGAGAAAAAAUAUUACAGGCAGCCGAUAGGUGAGAGUGAACGCCAGAGCAAGGCUGCGUUAGGGCGGAAAAUAAGGAUUCGUUUGACGCUACGCAACAACAAGCAUAUUUCUGUGGAAAGUAGUGCGAUUACGGGAAGUGGAACCUGGGGCGGAGGAAAACGACGCUUCUAAAUUGUAUUUAUCUAUCGGUUCGAAAGUGAGUGUAUGUCGCGUGUGGUUCCAGUGAGUCGGAACAGCCAGAAGAGAUCGAAGGAACAAAGUUUUUCGGGAAAUCGCUUCCCACAGUGAAGGCGUGUCGCUUUGGCGAACAUCGCUCUGACAGGAAACAUAAUAAGCGAAAAUAUUUCUGCACCAAUCAGGUGGACCGCAGGGAGCAGGGAAGAGCGUUAUUGCUUUCUUCAAUUUUUGCUCAAACCAUUUCAUGAAAGAAAAACUUUGCGCCCCAAUCGCGACACUGCUGGUUGUUGUUUGAAAUUCAGUGUAGGACAGAAGGACUCCGAAGCGGGCGCUCACCUUUUGUGGAUAUAUCUUUUGGACGGUGAAUCAACGAGUAUUGCUUGGCUUGUAACAGUAGUGCACCCACAGACUGGUGAUAAUACAGCGGUGAAAGGUGAUAGUUUGGGUAUCCGUCGACAAUUUAAGGGUUUUUUAUUCUAUUGCACCACGAAUAAAACUCGAGUGGCGGUGACCUCCGGAUGUACAAUAUGAAAGGACAAUAGAAGCCAAGUUGAAAAAUACGUUUCCAAGCAGAAUAUCCGUGAAAACAAGCAGAUCAAACGUUAUUGAAGCAUCAGUGUCAGUGUUUCAGAGAACGGCGAAUGGAAUUUCGGCAAGUGAAUGGUUUAGGUGUGUAUGGUUAAACCAAAAUUGGAGUGCACUUUGAAUAUUUGUUUUCCAAGGAUAACCGAGAAGUUGAAUUGAAAACGGGGAAAAAUGUCGUCCUCGCGAAAGUUAUGGGUUUGGCUGUUGCCUUUGAUGAUUUUGUCAAUGACGACGAGUGUGCAUUCGGUGCAGAUAUCAUCGAUGGAGGCCACAUCCGGGGACGAGUUGCUGAUAGUGGCCACCGCUGGGGCUGUCAGUGCUGUGAGUGAAAUUGAAGCCGUGACAACGACGCCUGCUGGAAGCUUCAGCACGGCAGGGAAAGCGGAAAUUGAAGACGGGUCGGAAAGCUUAUCGUCAUCGACCGUGCUUAGUGAUACCGUGAGUGCUGUCGAGAUAAGUGGGGCUACAGUGGGAACGGAAGGAUUGACGACUGGAUUCGUUACGGAAUUGGAGGAAGGCAGCAGCAGCAGUGCUGCCAGUUUGCUGGACGACGGUAUGAACGAAAAGAAAGGGGAUAUUGAGUUGGAAAGUGAGACUCCUGUUAUUAGCUUCGGCAUUCGGUCAUUCACGGUUGAAGUUGGCACGGGAACGGAACGUUCGGAUGAUGAGCCGGUACUGAUGAAUGCAACACAACCGGAAAAUGCUACACAGCAGAGCAGAGAGAGUGUAUCCGCUCAAGUGAUGUCCUCGAGCGAGUCUCCUAACGUUAUUUCUACGACAAGAGCGACAACCUCUGCAGCAACAGAGCAGGGCACAAGUAUUUCUGAGGAGAGCCAUAUGGAAACAACAUCCACUAAAGGGCUCCCCCAAGAACUUACGAGCGAUGGUGGUCAAUCUACGGUUACACUAAACACCAAAAUUUCCAAUGAGAAAAUCAUGAAUUUGGGCGAAUCCAGCGAGGAGCAGCAUUUGUCGAAUGAAAUUCGUGUUGAAAAGAAAAAUGGUUUAUACAGAAUCAAGAUUGCCGAGAUCACAACUGAUGAGUUCGACAAUGGUUUACAUGAAACUGAUAGCGAAAGUAUGCAAAUUCCCGCUGGUGCCCUGGCUGCCAAAUCGGUUUAUCCAAGCAAGAUUAAUAUUGAUGAUUUUUAUCCUUCUAAAUUGGAGGAUUUCAAACCCCCCGUUGGGGUGAAUGAAAUCCAACGGCAGGAUGCUAUUCAGGAGAUAAUGCAACGGGAAAAAGCAAUCCUUCGCAAUGAAGAUAAUGAGAAACUUUUCGAAUCAACCAUUAUGAAACCGUCGGAACUUCUGCCGUUAAUGGACAGCAAAACUGACAGCUCUUCUGAGGAUCGCAAUGACGAAGGACGAAAGGGACAGGAAAACGGUGACAUUUCCACCACUAAAAUUGAGAUCGAAUUAAUUGACGACACCUCGGAAACUUCGACCAGUGAUGAGAGAAAAUCCGCCAUCGAUAACAUCACCGAGAAGCUGGAAGAGAAUGAUGAAGUCAUUAGCAGGAUUGAAGAGAAUUUCAAAGGGUAUAAAACUUUCGAUUCGCCAGAGGAAGAAUCCCAUGAGGAAAAGGCGGCGCUAGCGAAGAAGAAAGACGACGAGGUCAUAACGAUUGCCGUCUCCUCAGUCACAUUUUCUUCGUCACAGCAAUUAUCCACCCAAGUACCUCCGUCGCUCUCGCCGAUACCGGGAACCACCACCCAAAUAUCCCAAACCACAGAUGAAGACAUCCCAAUAGCUGUCAGUGGCAGUGAUAUUGUGAAAGACAACUAUGGCACUUUGUUCAUCCCACGGCGUGUCAAAAAGAAUGAUCCAACCACAUCGAAAAUUAAUAACUUUAAUUCGGCCCCACUCAAGAAGAUUGAUUUUGCCAACACAAAAUUUAAGACCGACAGCAGUGGAGGUCCGCAUGACCCGAACGACGCAAGCAAGAAAGACAAACCCGAGUUCUCGACAACGAAAUUCUACAACAGCAAAGAGCUGUACAGUGAAUUACACCAUCAGGUAAUGAACGACAGUGACCACCGCCACACAAAUCGAAACUCACCCGUUCCCAAGAAAACGACGGCAAUCGUUUCGGAAAAGGACAUUCUCACCGCGAAAACCCUAUCCAAACCGGCUCCACAAGCAACUGUGACCACCAAAAACUUUUCGCCCAAACCGAUCAACCCGACGAAAGUUUCCGCUCCUAUCGAAUCCGACAUCAAAAAGCAUCUUCUGAAGACAAACUUUAUUCCACGAGAGAAUUUCCCCUCCACGAUGGAUCCCUCCUCGAAACCACAAGUCGUCUCACCGACACCCAUCGAAAGUACGUCCGUCAAUCGGCCAAACAACAACAAACUUUCGACUGUCAUUGGCACCUCGAAGCCGACCGCCCAGCAGCAGCAACAGCAGCGGUUACCUUCCCACCACCCCCAGGACCAACAGAAGAAGAUAAAGUCCUUAGGCGCGGCCGCUUCCGCCAUCAUUGCCGUUACCUCAAAGUUAACCAAGGAUAGCAGCAAGGCAGCCUCGUUGAAUCGGGCAGCACCUGGUUCAAAACAUCAGCAGCAGCAGCAACGCAAACCACAUCUCGCACCCCGCCCUAGUGAAAAUUUAAUUACAAAGCAAGCCAUCACGCCUCUGUCCCGGUUGCAGGAGAAAAUUAAUACACUGGACUGUGACAUUCAGCCACUUUCGCCCGACUCGACCAUCUGGCGGGGCAACGAAACCCACGAGCUGGAACUGCCCAUCACGACCCCGGAAGACUGCUCCGCCGGCUCCAGUUGCAUCCCGACCACAAUCUCAUGGGAAGGCACGGCCGACAUCCAAUCUGGCGACGUGCUGAUUGUGGAGAUCGACGAUAAGCACUUAAUUCCGUCCAAUUAUAACAAAUCGGUGGAAAGCGCACAUCACACGACGACUGCCGUGUACCAGGUAACGCGCCUUGGCCACGAGCACUGCGACAUCACCGAAGGCGUCCUGCUGGAUAUCACCCCGCUGGUGGUGGACGGAAGGAAGCUGGUCACUCUGUAUGACAAAGACCUGACAGAGGGAAUUAAUCUGCUAAUUGUGGUCUCCGAACAGUGGGGUCAACAGUGCGUGCGUCUGAAAGUGACCGUCAAGUCGGAUAAUUGCGGUGAAAAUGCUGACUGCUCCGGAAAAGGUGUAUGCUACUCGAACAAUUCUAUGGAAGGCUACGAGUGCCAAUGUUGCGGUGGAUUCGCGGGAUCCCACUGCGAGGAGAUUGAUGCCUGUACGCCAUCUCCGUGCACCAACAAUGGAAUCUGUGUCGAUCUGUCCCAGGGCCACGAGGGAAACGCAUAUCAGUGCCUCUGUCCGUAUGGCUACACCGGCAAAAACUGCCAGUUCGAGUCGGAUCCGUGCAAUCCAUCACAGUGUCUAAACGGAGGCACAUGUAUCGGCAACUCAACCCACUUCAGAUGCGACUGCACCUCGGGCUACACCGGACCGCUCUGUCAGCAUAAUCUCAACGAAUGCGAGUCCUCGCCGUGCGUCCAUGGAAUCUGCGUUGACCAGGAGGAUGGCUUCCGAUGCUUCUGUCAGCCAGGAUUUUCCGGCGAGCUGUGCAAUUUCGAGUACAACGAGUGCGAGUCGAAUCCGUGCAUUAACGGUGGUCAGUGCAUCGAUAACAUCGGUGGCUUCUCGUGCAAGUGCACCCGUGGCUACACCGGCAAACGCUGUCACAUUAAGGUGGACUUCUGUGCCAAUGACCCAUGUCCGGACGGUCACCGCUGCAUAGAUCACGGAGAUGAUUUCACCUGCGAGUGCCCAGGCGGACGGAACGGGCCAGACUGUAACCAGGUACCCAGGACGUUAUGCAACGUGAACCCGUGCGACAAUGGAGGCACCUGCUGGACAACGGAGGAGUCGUUUUACUGUGCUUGCAAGCCGGGAUUCACGGGCAAGAUGUGCAAAGAAAAUUUUGUAAUUGACACGGUUGUAAGCUCGAGCGAGAUGCUGUCCGACAACUUGAGCCAAAACAGUCCGAAUGGAAUCCAUGGAAGCAGUAGUAGCAUCAUUUAUGGUGACUCUGAAACAAGUUUCGGACAACGGGAAGGUGCCCUCGAUCUAAACAACGCGUACGUAGCAGCUGGAACGCUGGUGGCGGCCAUUCUCAUCGUGGUAGCCGUGCUGACCGCAUGCCACUGCAAGGUGCACCAGAGCUAUCGUCACUUCGCCAACAAACACCGCCAGCUGAUACCGUUCUUUGGCCGCAAAACGAAGGCGUCCUCCGCAAAUCGGCACUGGCUGAGCGGAAAGGGACAGCAGCCGACGGGACACAACAACCUGAACUAUAGCUACGCCCACCAGCAUCCGAACUCGUACAGUCUUCAGCCGGAGCGAAUAAUCAACAAACCGCUGCCGAUGAAUUUGGAGAACGAUAUGUACUACACCGUGGACUUUGGCGAUUCCCAAAAUGCGCCCUUGAUACAGUAAAACUGCGCCCCCUGAACGGGAGAAAGGCGAAUGGGGAAUGGGAGGCAAGGCCCCCCUUCUGAGUUUGCUUAUUCCUAAUUUCAAAUGUUAGUUUGUUCAGGCGCAUAUCCAGCAGGAGUAUUAUGAAAUGAGCUAAGGUUACGUGAAAAUAAUUGUAAUGUUAUUGUGAGUGAAAAAAAAACAAAAAGAAGCAUUAUGAACAAACGAUACUCCCGAUGGAAAAAGCGGCAUGAGUGAGGAUACGGUACCAGCCAGGAUAACGGUAUAAUGGAACGUAAACACAUGUGUGUAGUUAUUUAUAAAUAAAUUACGUAAAUGCCAAAAUUUUAAGCUCGCGUGAGAAUAAGUGACAGGGAUUUCAUCUGUUAAAUGAGAAUAGAUAAAAGAUAACAUUUAACCAGAGAAAAAUCUGAUUCCAAUUACGUGCCUAUUCCGUUUUCCCCCAUUUUCCCACGCUGUAACGACAAGCUUUGAUUUUCGCUUUGCCGGUUUCCAAAUGCGAUAUGCGAACGAAAAAAAAAAAUACAAUCUUCUUAGCGCCACAAGGUAGCCGAAAACGAAUCCUUCCAAAAGAAAUCACAAACGAGAAAAAUCUGUGGAUUGGAUCCUGCGAAUCAACGACAACGACUACUCGAAACCGUUGGUCGGAAAUUAAAGAUUAUUAUCGUUUGUCCGCCUCUCUCCCCCAUCACCGUUGCAAAUAGGUGGGAUUGGGUGCCUUAAAGAAAAGGAAGCAAAAAAGCUCCCUUUUUUAGGAGCCACCGCACCACUACGCAAACAACACGCCGCGAGGAAAAUGUUGUUGUGAUCUCGGUUGCUAUCGCUUUUGUUUGAUCUUUCUAAUCUUUUGUGAGAAGUCACAGCAUGUAAUGAAGAGCGGACAGACAGUUGGAAUAACCAUUGAAUGCCAAGGUUUCUAUCGUUAAUCUGUGUCGUCUUCUUCCGCUGGAACGGAUGGGUUUACCCUUGAUCUGGGCUGUAUUUUACAACUGGGACGCUAACGAAAACGCGCUUUUAUCAAUCUGUUUAGGUUGACUGACACUGCGGUAGCUCAUGGUCACGGAGCCGGUGGCGAAUUAACACGUUGAUGGGAAACUGUAAAAUGGAGGAGAAUAACAUAAAAUGGAUACAGAUGUUAAAAAAAUAUAAAAGGUGAUCACAUUGAGAUAAUUGAUGCAUCUUGUUGAUGAUAAAAAAAAGAAGAUGUUUGAUCUAAAUAUUGUUAAAGAAAUGAAACACUUGUUUUAUUUCGGAGCUUGGGUACCCUUGGGUUGAAACUUUAUUCUUCUCCAAAGAGCUUCUGCUCAACGAGACUUUUUGGAUACGGCACUGUGUAUUUCCGAUUAUGUCAUUUUUAAGAAGCACAAUUCAAAAUGAUCUAUUCUUUUUACUAUUGAAAAAAGUGUUUCGAGACCGUGGAGGUCAUAAAAUAUAGUUCUUGACGAACAAACCUUAAGUACAUCCCGAUCUUGACUAUUCCGAACGAGAGUCAAAGCGUUGACACUUGUAUCGACUAUCUCGAAGAAACAUUCGUGUGUUAUUUACAGUGUCUCAGAACUUUCGGUACAGAAGGUAUGUCUGCGCAGAUACAUUGCAUAUAUCUGGUGUACAACUUGAAAUCCGUCGCAUUUUUUUCCAAAAUCUGUUUGUUGCGAAAUAAAACCGGUUGUAGAAUAUGUUGGAUUGGGUAAGACUUCUUAUCGAAGUGAUUCCAGGUAAAUUUUAAUGCAUUCGUCAACUUGCGGCAAGCGUUGUUGUCCAUCAAAAUCACUUCAUCGUGGCUUUGCUCAUAUUACGGCCGUUGUUUUUUUCAAUAUUCGACUCAAACUAAUAAGUUGUGUUCGAUAACGAGCUUCGGUGAUGGUUUCCCCUUGUUUGAACAGUUCAGAAUAUAUAUCGCUGAGUUGGGCUUACCAAAUAUAGAACAUGAGCCUCAAUCCAUGACUGUCUUGAUCGGCCAUCGAUCCACUUUUCAUCCGUUACAAGCAGGGUUGCCAACUAUAAUUUGAAGAAAUCAGGGAGCAUAAUUUUCAAUCAAAGCAUAAUAAUUUAAUUUUAUAUCCAUAAUUCUAUGUCUUCCUUCCUUCGGGCGAAAACCGGAUAUGUAAAAGAAUUAAUAAGCAUGGCGCAUAAGCGGAAAUGCUAGUAUUUCGCCUGACUUUUUGAUCGUUUAUAUUUUUUCCGAAAAACCUACAGCAUCACUACAGAGAUUUGCAGAGAUAUUCAAAUUUCCACUGAACUUAUCAUCCAUGCUCUGGACUAAAUCUUUACUCAGGUAUACAAGGCGGAAAAGGGGGCCAAUUGUUACUGUUGCUGUUGUUUCUUUUGACCCCGAGAUGAGAAAAUAUGCCAGCUUUUGAUUAAUGUAUAUUUUGUCUGUGUACACUUCUCCCUCACUUUAAGGACUGUAUACACUGUACCGUUAUAUUUUUGUUCAUAAGGGACUAUAAAGAAAAAUACAGAAAAUACAUAGUCUGAUUUGUGGAUUUGAGACAAUUAAGCCGAUACAGAAUCGGAGAAUGAGCACGCACCCAUGCCAUGAAACUGUAUACAGGCAAACCUUUUUUUGUGCGGGGGAUAGGGACCGCAUAAAAAAAUCGUGCGAAACUUCAUCAGUAGCUUUAAAAAAACCGUGUUCGGUACACAUUUUGAAAAAAAAAAUUUUUGUGCGGUAGAUAGGGACCGCAUAAAAAAAGUAUCCCCCCAGAAAAUAACUUAAAUCCACGCCAUUCACCGUUCAAUUUUCUGUUUGUUUCCCUGCUUUGCGAUGGGACAGUUUGCCUCUUCGGUUGCGCGUGGCUGUUUUGUGCUUUUAGUUGCAUGCCGAAACGUGAUGCUGUUAGAUAUCAUGUCAUGCAAAAACUUAGAAAAACUUAGAGCAUUUGAUGAGAGGAAGGGAAUGAUUUCAGAAGUGGAUAAUUGAGACGCAAAUAUGCUUUUUCCGCACUGAAAUGCAUAUAAACCGUCGAAAAAACUAAAUGGACGAUAACUUCGUCAAAUAUGCUUCUUUUCAUAUACCGCACAAGAACAGAAAAUCGCACAAAAAAAAUUCGCGCAAAAAAAAACGCACAAAAACAGGUUUUACUGUAUACGCAUCAGAGUUGUAUCAAUGUGACUGCGUUUGAGAUAACAACUCCGUAUUACGAGACUGUACUUGGGACAAUGCCUGGCAUUAAUUCUGUUGAUUCCAUUCAGGUUGUACGGAAUGAAUCCAAGGCCCAGGAACGUAGUACACCUGAACUUAAAAGUUGAGCUGAAGGUCUGAACAAACUCUUAGAUCCUUAACGCAAUCAUGUCAGGCUAGCUGAACACCAUCAAAAGCCGAAAUUAAUUGGGUCUUUUCUUCUUGAUGACGCACCAUUUCUGGAACAUUUCCAACUGUCGCAUAAUGCAUCAACCUCUAAAUUAACAUAGGAGAAAGCUUCAAAUCAUCAGCACUCCUUUCUGAGAGUUCUCCAACACAAGUGUUUCGUAGUUGGAGUAAAUCAGGAACAUCAAAGGAUCAAGAUGACUCCGCUUAGAAAUUCCUGAUACAGCUGAGAAUCACUAACUAGACCAUCGUCAAUUUUCACCGUCCAGUUUUCACAAGCCCAAUCAAAUAAGAUUUCAACCGCUAUAACCUAGAUUUUGUCGAAGGAAGGAAGAUUGGAACUGGUUGAGACAUUCCUUCGAAAAAGUACGUAGUCAGGAUAAAUCCAUGCGAAAGGAUGAAUAUAUAACGCUAGCAGUUAGUGAUUAUCGAUCCUAUAACCACGGGUUCAAAAAGUUUAGGACUGAGUACAGAGCAAAAAUUCCGUGAUAGCUAUAGAUGGUCUUUCUCAUUUUGUCGCCUUUUUGCAACCGUCAAAAUGUACGCUCUUUUCCAAAGCGAAAAGGAGAUACUCGUUGACAACGGAAACCCGAAUAAACAUCGUAGUGAAGACAACAAUUCAACAACUAUUUUUUUUUGAAUUCUAAGCUGGGAUUUCAUCCGGUCGAACAGAAUUUGAGGAUUUCAGUUCGAUGAGAGCUGGUUCAUUGAACAAUCAACAUUAAUACGGAGAGAAGAUUCGUUCUGAAUGUGACCAUUGAAAGCUAGUCUUGAAAAAGACUCUCAUUUCAAAAAAAUGCUUGAAAACAUCGCUGACAAAAGGCUGUAAACUCCAAUCGGACGCGCCAUGUCCAACGUAAAACAUAGAUGGCAGAAGUUCAGUCUAUAAAGAAUGAAUCCCCUCGACACGAUGGAAAGCAUGGCUCAUACGGGUGAUCAAUAAAAAUGAGAAUUUCUUCAGUGAUAUAGUAGAAAUAAAUUCAAGCAAUUCAGUAUUCUCUAUAAAAAACAUAACGGUUGUUCUUCGAAAAAGCGAAUCUCAGGCAAAGGGGUACGGCGCAAUUUGGUGGAGAUAUUGUAUAUUUUAUAAUUCAUCCGAUAAUGUGCUUGUGUCAAUGAAUAAAAACUCAGACUAGUUUACAUACAUUAAAUAUAACAUAAAUACACAGAUAAAAACAGUCAUGCUCUCCUCAAUCGAUUCCUAAAUCGGUUAGACGAUUCUUCAAACACGAAUCAUCGCUGUCAUCGGUUCAUGAUAUCCGUAUAGAGUUCGAUGGAAACUUGACUGUAGCAGGGAUAAUUGCCGCAAAGUCCUUCGGAGAACAUGGAAGUCAAGUUGUACAAGUAAGUGUCGCAAACACUUCACACGCAUCGUCAGGGGAUGCUGGCUCUAUCCCAUCAAGAAUCACGUUGGACGGAACGGUCGAGUUUUUCCUUUUGAUGUUGAUGCUUUCACAAGAACUGGACUGGACAACACUGACAACCAUGUUCCGGAUGCAAUUCCGGAUCCUCGUGGUCAGCUGUUUGGCGUCCGUGGCCUGCCCAUUACUCUUGUUCAUCCGGUCCCUGAGGGACCCGAAAAAAUCCUCGAUCGGACGGCACUAGGGCAGGUUGGUCGGGUUCCGUUACUUGGGUACAUACAGUAGCUGUUUUUCCUCCUGGUACACCUUCUGGUUGAUGGCAAGUCCGCUCGGCUUGUUAAACCAGGGCUUUGAAAUCCCUUUGUCGGAGAUUGCAAUAUACAACAUUCUUUCAAUAUACAACAUUCAUUCUUCUCAAACUUAUGCUUGUAUUUGAACUUCACCCCGGAGGGGGUGAACGCCUUAUCAGUGGUAUAGUACCGGUCCUUGCCGGGAAUGUGGGACUUUGACAGCGGAAAAUAACUCUCGUCGUCCAGCGAUGUCCCACGAUAACUCAUCAUCAUCCACCGGCACUGAGAUUUCACUGUCGCAAUCUGCUCGCCCGUGUACUGCGGGGACCUAGUCUUCUUCCGACAGACGAUGCCCUCCUACCUCCUGAGGGAUGUAGGAAUGGGAGCAGCGAAAUAUCCAGCCGGCGUCCCGCAAACUCGUACAGUCCUUGUUGUCUAGCAGUUUUGACGUGUGACUACGUCUAAC